UCCCGCCGACACAUGAUGCCAAUGCCGCGUACCACAGCCAUUCGUAUAUACAAGAAGGAAAUACACUCGCACGCACUCGCCUAUAUGACAUAUCUCAUAUCUCCGUUGGUUUCUUUUAGAUUUCGCUCUGUUUUCAACUCUCUCUCUUUCUCUCUCAGCUAAAAGCAAACCCAAGAGAAAUUUUUUUUUUUCAAAAAUAAAUAAAAUAAAUAAAAUUUACAGAUCUAAGAUCCAAAAAGCAUUGCCAUUGAGCAAAUCCUCAAUGUGGUGCUCUCUUUUGUGGUGAUCUAAGUGUACAGUAUUUUCGGAUUCGUUGCCUGUGAAGAAAGAGCAGCCAUGUCAAGGAGGGCGGUGGGAUCCACACGCCGUAAUGGAAACUUUCCGUUUGCUGGAGCCUUCAAUUCAAAAUCCAAGUCGUCCCCUUUGCUAUCCCUUGGCCUUGUAGUUGUGGGAGCGAUCCUAAUUGUCGGCUAUGUUUAUAAGGGCUUAGGUGUCUUCGGCGGGGGUGCCAACGUAGUUAGUAGAGUUGAAGGCGAUUUCUCAUGCACGCUAGAAGUUCAGAGAGCAAUACCUUUCCUAAAGAAAGCGUAUAGUGGCAGUAUGCACAAAGUUUUGCAUAUUGGUCCUGAUACUUGUUCAGUUGUGUCUGCAUUGUUAAAGGAUGACGAAAUUGAAGCAUGGGGUGUGGAACCAUAUGAGAUAGAGGAUGCUGAUAGGAAUUGCAGGAGUCUUGUGCGCAAAGGCAUUGUGCGUGUGGCUGAUAUAAAGUUCCCUCUGCCCUAUAAAGCAAAGUCUUUUUCUCUUGUGAUAGUGUCAGAUGCAUUAGAUUACCUCUCUCCAAAGUACCUGAACAGGACUCUUCCAGAAUUGGCAAGGGUUUCUUCCGAUGGUCUUGUUAUUUUUUCAGGUUUCCCUGGUCAACAGAGAGCUAAAGUUUCUGAGUUAUCCAAAUUUGGACGACCGGCCAAAAUGCGGAGCUCCUCUUGGUGGAUACGUUACUUUGUUCAGACCAGCUUAGAAGAAAAUGAAGUUGCCAUCAAGAAGUUUGAGCAAGUCACAACAAAGGAGUCAUACCAGCCAAGCUGUCAAGUGUUUCACCUUAACUCAUAUCACUAAUUAUAAAAAUCAUAGCAUCUUUUAUUCAUUAAGUUUUGGUAUGCCACAAGGCUGAUAAAGGGAAAAGAUUGUUGUAGGUGUCAUUUAAAAACAAGACCUCUACUGGGUUGCUCAAACUGAUUUGUAUUCCUUUUGAUUAUAAUGAUUGUAUCCAGGAAUUGAUUUUCGUACUGUCUU